AGUUGUUACCGUCAAAGCUGUCAACGGGGAUUUAGAAUAAGAGAACCCAUCUGUCUCUUUCUGAAUGUAACUGUUCUGAAUGUCCGGCCGUUGAAUUCAUGUCCCCCUCUUUCAAACCCUAAUUUUCAACUUCCACUUCAUUUACUCACAACUUCUGCUUCUGAUCCAUCUUCAUAAUCAAUGAAUCACACGCAAACUCCCUUUUCUUCUUCCGACGAUGACGCCGGUACCAUGACCACCGCACAACAGAGUGCAGGAAGUGGUAACUCGACAUCACUAGGGCCAACUGUUGAUGGUUCACGCCAUUGGCGCGAUGUUUUCUGGCUCGGAAUAUUUCUUUUGCAUUUGGUCGUGGUAGGUCUUGCUCUUGGUGUACUCGGACUAAAUAGGUUUAGGAAGAAAGACAGGCUUAACAUAGAUCAAUACACCGAAAGGUUUCUCGAGAAUCAAGCGGGUUUAACCGAGGACUACUGGCCAUUAUACGCAAUUGCUGGUGCCAUUAGUACAGUUAUUGGUUGGAUUUGGUUAUUACUACUUGGUUCCCAUUCAAAUCAGAUGAUGAAAGUAUCGGUUCAUUUGUUAACCACUUACCUUGCGGUUCUUAGCGUUUUGUGUUUUUGGGGCAAAUUUUUUUUCUGGGGUGUUGCUUUUGCUAUUGGCUCUGGGUUGCAGUUCUUGUAUAUUAUAUCAGUCAUAGACAGGCUCCCAUUUACAAUGUUGGUGCUGCAAAGAUCUGUGAAGUUGGUGUGGAAGCUUCCGGAAGUGAUGAGAGUAGCGUGUGCGUUUAUGUUAGUCAUGCUUAUUUGGCUAGCAUUAUGGUCGUUUGGUGCAGCCGGUGUUGUGGCUUCAAGCAUGGGUGAUAGCGGAAGAUGGUGGCUACUUGUGGUGUUCUCGGUGAGUUUAUUUUGGACAGGGGCGGUUCUUUGUAACACCGUUCACGUUAUAGUUUCCGGUAUGGUGUUUCUUGUGCUUAUUCACGGUGGUCGUGAGGCUGCAACAAUGCCACGGAACCCACUGCUUCAAUCUUUACGGUAUGCUAUAACAACUUCUUUUGGAAGCAUUUGUUAUGGUUCUCUUUUUACAGCUGCUAUUCGAACACUACGGUGGGAGAUCAGGGGAUUCCGAUCUAAAAUCGGCAACAAUGAAUGCCUGCUUUGCUGUGUAGAUUUCCUUUUUCAUCUAGUGGAGACCCUUGUUCGUUUUUUUAACAAAUAUGCAUAUGUGCAGAUUGCAGUUUAUGGGAAAAGCUUCAAUCACUCAGCAAGAGAUGCUUGGGAGUUGUUUCAAUCGACUGGGGUGGAAGCACUCAUUGGUUAUGAUUGUUCGGGUGCUGUUUUACUCAUGGGUACCCUUUUGGGUGGGCUUAUUACCGGAACAUGUGCUGUAAUUUUUACUAGAAUCAAACAUCCAGACAGAGAAAUGAUGAUGGGGUCGACAGCCAUCUUAAUGGGCAUGGUCUUGGUUGGAUUGGCGAUGGUGGUGGUGGAAAGUGCAGUUACGUCAAUAUACAUAUGUUAUGCCGAAGAUCCAUUGUUAAUACACAGGUGGGACCCAGAAUUUUUUAAUCAGAUGUCGGAGACGUUACACCAACGGCUACAACAUAGAAGCUCGAGAGUAAGGGAAGGGUUGAGUCAAAAUCGACUUCCGGAUCACAUACAAGAAACAAUAACGGUUUAAUCAUAUUUCUUUUCGGUUUUCCGCAAAUGAAAUUCUUGUAUAAGUUCACGACAUGGUUUAGCUCGUUUUGUUUAUCGGGGACUAUCCAAGAUGGGACCCGAAGACUCGGCUUUUCUAAAGUAUUAUCCAUUCAUCAAUCAUAUGCAUCAAGUUUUCAUGGUAACCA